AUGACCCUGGAGGAAAAGGUCAUUCUGCUUUCAGGAGAAGAUCUUUGGAGAACACACCCCAUUCCUCGCCUGGGGAUUUCCCGCAUCAAGACCUCUGAUGGGCCUGUGGGUGUCCGCGGUGGCAUUUUCACUGAUGGAGUGAGUGCGGCUUCGGCACCAACAGGUGUCUCGUUGGCUGCUACCUGGGACAGGCAGGUUAUCAAGGAUGUCUGCCAAGUCCUUAUCGCUGAGGCCAAGAGCAAAGAGGUUGAUGUCCUGCUUGGCCCUACAGUCUGCAUCCCGAGGACUCCUCUAGGUGGUCGCAAUUUCGAGGCCUACAGCGAGGAUCCUUUCUUGACGGGAAAGCUCGCUGCCACAUACAUCAACUCCAUACAAGAGGCGGGUAUCGGAACAUGUGUCAAACACUUCGUUGCGAAUGACCAAGAGACCCGUCGGUUCUUUAUUGACGAAAAGAUUCCCGACCGUGCUCUGCGCGAAAUCGCCCUACAGCCCUUUCAGAUUGCCAUUCGAGAUAGCAACCCAUGGAGUGUGAUGACAGCUUACAACAAAGUCAAUGGUACUUUCUGUUCCGGUCAUGACUUUCUCUUACAGGACAUCCUUCGGAAAGAAUGGGGUUGGGAUGGUCUCGUUAUGAGUGAUUGGUUCGGCACCAACAGUGUUGUUCCAUCUGUUAAAGCAGGCUUGGACCUUGAAAUGCCUGGGCCAAUCCGGAGAAGAGGCAAACAUUUGAUCGAGGCUUUUCGCCAAGGAUUGGUGGACGCAUCAUUCAUCGACGCCUCAGCUUCACGGGUUCUAGAGCUGCUUUACAAGACGGGAAAAAGCAGCAUUCCGGACUGGAAGGAGGGACCAGAGAAGGCUGAUGAUCUUCCCGAGCACCGGAAGAUUCUUCGUCGAGCUGGCGCUGAAGGGAUCGUUUUGCUUAAGAACUCUACGAAUCUUCUCCCGCUAUCCAAUUUGAACGGCAAAACGAUUGCUGUUAUCGGUCCCAACGCUGCACGAUCAGUUGCCACUGGUGGUGGAAGCUCAAACUUGGCACCUCACUACCGCACGACACCGUAUGAGUCCAUCAAGAGUCAGGUGAUGGAGAAGGCCCCGACGGCCAAAGUUAAGACGCAUGCAGGCAUUCUCACGCAUCGCUAUGUUCCUCUUGUCGAUCCCGCCGUGAUGAGAAAUCCGGAAACAGGGAAGCCUGGUUUCUUGCUAUCAUUCUAUCGGAACAUGAGCCAUACCGGUGAGCCCUUCAUGGUGGAGAAUCGCCCAAGCUCCCACCUGGUGUGUUACGAUGGGCUCCCGCCUGAGUUGACCACCGGCGAGCGGUACUCAUACAGGGGCAAGGCCAUCAUUACUCCAAAGACCACGGGAUUGCAUGAGUUUUCUCUGUCUUCAUGUGGUCCUGGUAAACUCAUCCUGGACGGAAAGGUUCUCAUUGACAUUGACCGACACUGGUGGUCCCCGAAGUCUGCACUCUUCAUGAGCUACGGUUCGCCAGAGGAGCGUGUCAAGGUACACAUGCAAGAGGGCAAAGAAUACGAGCUGGUCCUUGAGUCGACGAGUCGGGAGCCGAAGCCCUACGACCUUGACUUCAUGGCAGAACUAGAACGUGAAGAGGUCCAAGACGGUGGUCGCAUAGGAUUCAUGGAGAACCCUGGUGAUCUCGAAAAGUUCUUCCAAGAAGGAGUCAACAUGGCACAAGACAGCGACAUCGCUAUUGUGGUGGUUGGCAAGGACCACGAGUGGGAGACUGAGACCAGCGACAUGGUGUCGAUGGACUUGCCGGGGCGAUCGAACGAGUUCAUUGCCGCCGUGGCGAAAGCAAACCCCAACACCAUCGUCGUGAACCAGACAGGUAGUCCUAUCACGAUGCCCUGGAGUGAGCAGGUUCCGGCUAUCAUCCAGGCUUGGUACCAGGGACAAGAGCUAGGGAACUCUCUGGCUGAUGUCCUUCUUGGUGUUACUAACCCGAGCGGCAAGCUUCCAAUCACCCUCCCGAAGCGACUUGAGGAUAAUCCCUCGUAUGGCAACCAUCCUGGAGAAAAUGACAUCGUCCACUACGGUGAGGGCAUCUACGCCGGCUAUCGUUUCUACGAUCUGCGCAAAAUCGAUCCUCUCUUCCCCUUCGGCGCAGGCCUCUCUUACACGACGUUCAGGUAUAGCAAUAUCCGGCUCAGCGGAGAUGUUCUUCCCGCCAACGGUGAGAUUGAGGUCACAGUGGAUGUCACCAACACAGGAGACCGUGAUGGCAAGGAGAUUGUUCAGUUCUAUGUCAACCAAGUCAAUCCUCGAUUAGGAAGACCAGUUAGAGAGCUCAAAGGCUGGGACAAGGUUCUUGUGCGCGCCGGAGAGACAGUCACAGCACGCGCGACUCUUGAUAAAGUCAGCGUCUCAUACUGGGAUGAUGCAGUCGACAAGUGGGUGAUUGAGGGGGAUGCCGAGUUCCAUGUCACGGCGGCCAAGGAUUCGCGAGAUGAGGGCGUAACUGCGACGUUCCGCUCCUCCAAGGCAUUCCAGUGGAUCAACUGA